AUGAUGAAGCUGAUAUUAGUCAAUCCUACUAGGUCGAGGGCAGAUAAACUGCGAUUUAAAACUUGCCAACAAAGCAGCUCCAAGAUUGCAAAAAAGAAGGCUAAACGAGUUGAUCUUCAGGGUACUUCUAGUACAAGAACCCUGUUUCCCUUGGUAUUCCAUAAUGCUCAUAUAAAGAAAGAUCAUACGGACCAACAAUUUUCUUUUGAUGAACCUACUGUUUCAAAACAGAAGGCACUUAAUGAGCCACAAGGUGGUACUCGAACAUUUCAAGCAGUUAAACCAAAAGCUGAUUUGUCUAUCAAAGCGGGAAUAGACUUCGAUUCUUUCAAGGUAGAUAGCCACAAAUUGGCUAGGCAGUCUUCCUCUAAUAAAUCCAAAAAGAUCACAUUUAUACCUUCCAUUAGUGACGAUUCGAAGAAGAGCGCCGUAACUGAAAAGAAGCGGCAGCCUAGUCAGACAGUCAUCAAUUUUGCAUACUCGACAGAUUCGAACAACGAUAUCAUUAAGAAUAACUUCACUAAUGCGGGCAAACUUGAAUCCGACAGACUGAUGGCAGAUCUUAAAAAUCUACCCUCUGCUCUACGGAGUGAUGUCUCGACUGGUGACCAAACUAAUGUUGCUAACCGGAUCGGUAAACUUAAAUCUGAAGUGAGACAGAGUCUUAAUAGAAACCAGCUGCGAUUACAGAGCGGAUAUUCUACAUGCACAUUUCGAGUCAACAUCAAGAACCGUUAG